AUGGCCAUUACCCCCCGCCCCCUCAAACCCGGCAUCUACGUCCCAACCGUCGCCUUCUUCACCUCUCCCAACGAAGACCUCGACCUCACCACCACCGCCCAGCACGCCACCUACCUCGCCCAAUCCGGCGUGACCGGUCUCGUCGUGCAAGGCAGCAACGGCGAAGCCGUCCACCUCAGCCGUGAAGAACGCAACCUGAUCACCUCCACCACCCGACAGGCACUCGACACCCACGCGCCCUCCGCCCCGCUCAUUGUCGGCUGCGGCGCCGCCUCCACCCGCGAGACCAUCCAAUUGUGCCAAGACGCCGCCGCCUCCGGAGGCGACUAUACCCUGAUCCUCCCUCCCUCGUACUACAAAUCCCUCCUCUCUCCCAAAGACCUCCUCGACCACUUCCGUCUCGUCGCCUCCGCCUCCCCCAUCCCCAUCCUGGUAUACAACUUCCCCGGCGCCUCCUCGGGCCUGGACCUCUCCUCAGAUGACAUCCUCGCCUUGGCGGAACACCCCAAUAUCGUCGGCGUGAAGCUGACCUGUGGAAACACGGGUAAAUUGGCGCGUAUUGCUGCUGCCGCUGAACCGGGCUUCUUGACCUUUGGUGGCUCCGCGGAUUUCACGCUCCAGACGCUGGUGGCAGGCGGUCAUGGUGUGAUUGGUGGCGUGGCCAAUCUAAUUCCGAGGUUGAGUGUGCGUGUGAUGGAGCUGUAUCAGGCUGGUCAGGUCGAGGAGGCCCAGCGGUUGCAGGCUAUUGUGGCACGUGCGGACUGGCAGGCGAUUAAGGGUGGGUUUGUGGCCGUCAAGAGUGCCUUGCAGACGUACCGUGGAUAUGGAGCCUUGCCGAGACGGCCCUGUGUGGUGCCGUCGGAGGAGCAGGCGACGGCGUGGAAGGAUUCGUUUGCGGAGGCUAUGGAGUUGGAGAGGCAGUUGGAGAAGCAGGCUUAG